CUCGUGUUCUUUCGUGUCUUCGCUACAAUAUCUCCAUCGUACAGCGAUUUCUUUCCUUCCUUUCUUUUGUGCAAUGCAAGUAUAUCCCCCGGCACUAGUACACAAGUCCGGGCCUCAGGUCGUUUCUUCCAAGGUGUUCAUCCUUUCUAGACUGCUAGACUCUUAUACCUCCACCAUCCCCCUGCGCCCUGUCACGACUGUACAGACCAGCGUCCGAUCUCUAGCCCAUUCGAGUAGACCUCGUUCUCGGCAUUUCCACCUCCUCUCACGCGGCGCAAUGGGCGCGCCCAAACCCGGCGAAAAGCCGCACCUCACAGGCGUACGCACGGGAGCCGGCACUGCGACCAUGGCGCCCUCGAAGUUCGAAGUGAGAGGCUACACCGAACAUAAAGCGCCCAAGCCCGCCAGUCCCUCGGCCAGCGUGAUCCUCGUUUCUCCCUCCAACGAGAUCCUCCUCCUUCACCGCGUUCAGACAUCCUCCGCCUUUCCUUCGGCCCACGUCUUCCCAGGCGGCAACCUCGAGGAGAGCGACGGGCCGUUACCCUCUGAUCCGCGAGACGUCAAGCGCCACACCGACUCUCUCGCAUACCGCACCGGCGCGAUCAGGGAACUGUUCGAGGAGACGGGUAUACUCCUCGCGAGAUCGUCCAAGGAUGCAGAAUCCCUUCUCCCCGUGUCAAGGGAACAACGGCAGGCUGGUCGUGAGGCUGUGCAUCAGGGCAAGAUCACGUUACGCGACUGGCUAGGCAGUGUAUCAGAGAACGCCGUGCUGGAUACGGAUCGUCUGAUACCGUUCACGCACUGGGUCACACCGCCCAACGUGCCCAAGCGGUUCACGACGCAGAUGUACAUAUACUUCGUGGACGCGAGCGAGGCGGGAAAUCCUAGUGUCCAUGCGACGGGCGACAAGGUCGAGACAAUGGCGCCGGAGUGGCGAAGGGCGCGUGAUUGGCUUGCGAGAGCGAGAAGUGGCGAGAUCAUCAUGUUUCCGCCGCAAUUUCUGCUUUUGUAUCUCGCCAGUGAGAUCUUGGAUCGUGAUGUGGCGGAGGGUGGUAAUGAAGGCCCAAAAGAGGUGGGCAGGAAGCAAGCCGAGCUGAGAAACAAGGUUGAAAGUGAAGGUUGGACGGACAAGUUUAUCAGUCCCAUCGGAUUGCAGUUUGGCCGCGAGGAUGGGAGGACGGUGUUGGCCCUCGACAAGCCAGGGCCGGAAUUGAAAGGGAGUGGACUACGGGGCGAUGAUCAGUACGUUGUGCUGGUCAAGUUCAGAAAAGAAGGUCCGAGACAGGUCGAUGUCGCGCUGCGGAGGGACGUGUUGAAGGAUGAAAGGGAGUUGAAAGCGCAGAAGCAGCAGCAGAGGGAGGGAAAGUUAUGAUACAAGCCAAAGUUUAAGGAUAGACGAAAGACGAAAGACCAGACUUCGGCAGACGUUAGACGUAGAUGUCUGAUGAUGACGACGAUGUUGAUGA